AUGGGCCGCGAAUUCCAGCAAGAAGUAACUUCGCUAACCCAUCGUCCUCCUCCAGACGAAAAUACUGGCAUCAUUUCCAACGCCAUCGCCAACGCUGGCAAGGUCUUCUCGGAACCAGGUCAAGAGAACAUAAGCUUGCUCUCUCAGCACUCGAACACGUCCAGACCGCGACCUGCCUCGGCCCAGUUUACAUUCACCUGUGAUUCUCAAGUUCCUGGUACCCAGUGGCCUGGUAUGGACCCUGCGGUUCACUCGUCCCUUCCAGCUUAUGGUGGGGCCAGCCGGACCAAACACGCAUCGAUGGGAACCCAAACGGCCACGGCAAACGCUGGCGCCAACCAGCAGGGCGCGCCUGCUCAAGGCAACGCGGGCGCACCAGCUGCCGCCAAGAAGAAGAAAUCUAGACGUCGCGCAGAGAGGGACCUCAAGAUGGCCGCUGCUCAUCGUCGCCGUGAGCCAGAGAGAAAGCCUACCACAACCCGCCCCGUCCCGAGGACAUGUGGAUAUGCGAGUUCUGCGAAUACGAGCAGAUUUUUGGCGAACCGCCCUACGCCCCUCAUCCGUCAGUACGAGAUCAAGGACCAGAAAGCCCGCCGCCAGGAACAAGAAAGAAAACGGCUGCUCGAGAAGGCCAAGGCCAAGAGCCGCAAGGGAAGAAGGCCAACAGUGGCAAGCCCGACCCCGAAUACCCCGACGACGAACGCCUGGCAUGUCCCUGUGCGUCCUGCGUGGCCGGCGCAGGGCACGCAGGGGUGCCCGCCUAGAGAGGAGGCAAAGAAAGACUCGUUCCUGCGUGUCGUCCAAUGUGAUACCCAGGAAGCCUGCAUCUGGACCACUUGGCUACUUUUGUUUUAUUUUGGCAUUUCUGCGCGCACAGCGUUCUGUUUGAGUUUUGGAUUUGACAAGGGACCCAAGAUGUGCCCCAAAGCACGUAUGAAGUCGAUGGUCUCAACCGGUGAUGAGGCCUGGAUGGCAACUGAGGAUUGCACGAGAGGAGGCGUCAUUGUGCGAAGUGUUGCGAAGCGCGUCGAGGCUUCGCGCACGGUGUUGAAGGCUGUCGAGUCCGGGUUGGAGCGGGGAGGGGACAGAGAGGGAGCCAAGAGAAGAGGACUGGCGAUGGAUGCUAGGCCGCAGCCUGCUAGGCGUUGCACGACCUGA